AUGGCCGACAAAGGCGAACUCGUCCUGGUCACAGGUGGAACGGGCUUCAUCGGCGUGUACUGCAUUUUCCAGUGUCUCGCCGCUGGCUACCGAGUGCGAACCACAAUCCGGUCACUUAAGCGGGAAAACGACGUCAAGAAGAUGCUCGAGGAAGGAGAGGCCACCAACAUCGACAGGCUGAGCUUCGCCGAGGCCGACCUAUCCAAAGACGACGGCUGGAAAGAAGCGAUCGAGGGCUGCACAUACGUCCUCCACGUCGCUUCUCCCUUCCCACCCGCGCCCCCAAAGCACGAGGACGACCUCAUCAUCCCUGCGCGCGAAGGCACCUUGAGGGUCUUACGCCUUGCGCGUGACGCUGGCGUGAAGCGCGUGGUUGUCACCUCGUCUUUUGCCGCCAUCGGCUAUGGCCACACGAAGAAGAUUGAAGUAUACGACGAAAAGACUUGGACGAAUCCGGAUGGGCCUGGUCCGAGCGCCUACAUCAAGAGCAAGGCAAUAGCCGAACGCGCCGCCUGGGACUUCAUAGAGAAGGAAGGCGGGGCCUUGGAACUAUCGACCGUUUUGCCAGUUGGUGUGUUCGGUCCAGUCCUGGGACCAGACUUCUCGAUAUCGAUCCAGAUAGUGCAACGCUUGUUGAACGGAAGCUUUCCAGGAGCCCCAAACCUGAGUUUUGGCGUCGUGGAUGUGAGAGAUGUCGCUGAUCUGCAUCUCCGCGCAAUGACGGAUCCUAAAGCGAAGGGGGAAAGAUUCCUGGCUGUUUCGCCUCCCGCAAUGACAAUCCUGGAAAUGUCACUAGCAUUGAGAGAGCGGCUGGGCAAGGCUGCAAAAAAGGCGCCGACGCGGAUUCUACCCAACAUUGUGCUCAGGCUGAUAGCAGUCUUCGACAAGGCCGUUUCCCUGGUCCUGCCCGAGCUUGGUGAGAUUAAGGUCAUGUCUAACGAUAAGGCCACGGGGGUAUUGGGCUGGCAGCCACGGUCGAACGUUGAUGCGAUUAUGGCCACCGCAGAAAGUUUGAUCAAAUAUGAUUUAGUGUAA